GACUGUAACACCGGAAACUGAGCGGUCCUGACUCACAUGAGGUUGCACUUCCUGCGGUAAUAAAGACUUGAAGUGUCAUAUAAACGAACACUGGUAUAAUUAACUAUAAUGAGAGUAAUUAUUCUUAUCUCAUUAAUUAGAAGAUUCCGACCUCUCCGCAUCAACACGCCAGUGGUUAUAAAGCCUAGGGCAUCCCGUCUCUGUAUACAUUGAUAGGUCAGUGUUAUUUUCGAUACAGGCGAGAUACUUAGUAUAUAGUGAACGGACCGAUAAGGGAAACUUCUUCGUUAGAGAUCAUAUGUUCAAACAAGUGAGAUACUUAAGUUUAUAGUUGGAAUAUACGAACAAAUUGUAUUGGAUACUUCAGUAUACAGUUGGAACAUAUAAUGAACUAAUGGCUGCAUGAAAAAAGUGGUCAAUACAAUAUGUAUUGAACACAGCUGUGCGUAUUGGAGUUAUAUGUUUUCGUGUGCGUUAGAUAUGUGAACAUCAUCACCAGCACAGUUGGGAAUAUACUUACAAAUCAAUCGUUAAAAGCUAAACUCAUUCUACAUUAAUUAAUCUGAGUAACUUUCAAUACUGUGAUUGAUAACACGUGUCUUUGAUUGCUUACUUUCUCUUAUGCUUGCGUCAUCGGUGUGAGAUCCGUGUUAUGGUUAUACAUAUACCAGGAGGUUGACAUUUCUUAUACAUUUCCCCGUCAUGCGACAUUGAUAUGUUACACUAUAACAUUUGGGGAUUGCUGUCAUCAGGAAGGUGAUAUAGGUGAUCGUGAUUAGGAAAUGGUCACCAGUUCACCGCCAGACGCUAAAAAACAUUAUGAUUUUGAGCCGGAAGCGGAAGCGGUUGCUGCUAGUAUUCCUUUUGUGUUCGUCGGCCAUAUACAUAUUCAUAUUGGCGCCAAUGGACACCGGAUAUGAGGCGGCUGACGAGAGAUCUUGGGUGGACUUUCCUGUCAACUACUCGCACUUGAUAACCCGUUUUAAUUUUGACGUCACAAAGGAAAUAAGAAGCGGUGAUACCGGGGAGAGAAAUUGGGCUCUCGGGAAUUGCUCACUGGAGAGUCCAGAGUCUAUCCGUAAGGAUGUUGUGGAUUUGAGGGUCAUUGUGAUAACCUAUAACAGGCCACAAUCUCUAGAUAGGCUUUUGCAAUCCCUAAAUAAAGCCGAGUAUGAUAACGACAACGUGAAGUUUGAGAUUUGGCUGGACAGGUCAAUAUAUGGCCAGAUAUCAAAGGAUACCCUCACAACAGCGAGGAAUUUUCGGGUAUCUUAUGGUCGCUGCUCCAUUAUCGUUCAUUCUACACAUGUGGGCAUACAGGGGCAAUGGCUCAAUACAUGGGAACCAAGCGCACAGAGCCGGGAAAUGGCUGUGAUAUUGGAGGACGAUUUGACGGUGUCCCCAUUUUUCUAUAAAUAUCUCAAACUGGUGCAUAAUAAAUACGACAGCCGUCGUGACGUCAGUGGGUUUUCCCUUCAAGGGACAAGUUUACGCCACAGCGACGGACACUGUUGCUUGAACGUUGCCACGGAGAACAAAGUAUUUUUAUAUCCAACGUUAGGAACUACGGGAUUUUCUCCUAAACGAGACAGCUGGUUUAUGUUUAAAUCAUGGUUAAACCAUAUCACCAGUAAUGGGCAGCGACCUCCUUUGAUUAAAGACCACGUGGCAGUAACGUGGUACGAAGAUCUCAGACGCUUGGGCCACGAGGAAAGCAUGUGGGAGAUGGGAUACUUGUACUAUACGCGGAUGCAAGGGGAAUACACGCUCUAUCCAAAUUUUAAAGAUCAUCAAGGAUUGACCGUUAACUGGUUUGAAGUUGGUCUUCAUAACAAAGGUAAAAUGGAGGAGGAUUCGAAUGGUAAACCGGAAAAUGGACUUCUUCGAUCAUGGAAUCCGCAAUACGAUCAGCUGCCUGAUGAGCCCAUCUACGUGAAUAAUAAUGGUGACGUCAUUAGCUGAUGUCUAGCAUACUGUAGACUAUGCUCAGUGAUAUUCGAUAGUAACACUUGAAUUCUUAAGCCUGAAAAUAUGCAACUUUUACCUUGUCUCUAUUCAUAAGUUCAUGUUGAAUUGAACUUAUUAUGGCUUUAUAUACAUGUAUCAAGUUCACGUUUGCCUAUUUUACCGUCUCGUCAACUCAGCCCAGCGCUACAUAUUUGUUGCGUUUGUUUUCUUGUGUUUUCUUUACUUCAUGUGCACAUAAUGCAGCUGCCCUUUACAGCAUUUUCCUUCAUUCAGUAGUUUAAUUUCUUUAUUUUUAUUCGCCCUUAAACGAAAUUUAAUGGCAGAGGGGUAAAGGAGCCACCAUAAUUUCGGUUUCUUUGUUGGUCGGUCGGUUUGCUGGCAAAAGUUAGUUAAAGGAACUUCAUGUACUCCCACAGUUUUAAAGUUAUGACUCUGAUGUUUGUCACACAUCGUGACCCACAGACAUUUGUUCUGUAAGAAAGUGCCCAUGAAUUAGUUCCACACUUCCGGGUUUUUCGAGUUUGCGGGUGAAGAGGUGUCGACCUGAGACUAAAUGUGUCAACGUUAUCAUGGUGUGGCUAGUAGCGAAUGGCUACAUUUGUGACCUACUGCCAUUCAUCUUUGAGUGAAGUGCCCUUGAAUAUGAUUUUAUCUCGUUUGAAUACAUCGGCGUUUGCGGAUCGAACAGAAACUUGUACACUACCAACUUUAUUGCUGAUAAAGCCUGACAUAUUUUGUGUGACCUACAACCAGGUUAACUUAGUGUUGUGUGACCGUGAAUAAAACUUUUAUACAUUUGCUUCUUUCGAGUUUUGGAACGAUCUUCUCCGAAAGAUUUAUAUUCGGGACACCUCGGCCAUUUUUCACCGAAAACAACUGUAUGCCGGUUCCUCUGUAGAAGUAGUUCGUGAAUUAUGAAAUAAUAGUAUUAAUCAAUUGUAUCAAUUGUAUUGUUUUAAUGUGAAUUAUGUAUAUAUAAGUUUAAAUGGAUUGCUAGUGAAGUGUAUUAAUGCAUGACAUAUUCAGAUUCCAAAGAGCACAGUCAUUAAUAUUAACUACGAAAUAGAAAUGACUACCCAUUGUAAACUGUCCAUAUACAUCCAAUCUUGUUUUUGAUGGAAAAUGGCGUUUCAAAAAAUGUUUUCCUUAAUCCUUUGUAUAGCUCGUUUAAACUGAGACCGGCCAACCAUUUCUGAUGUAUGUGCCUUUGAACAUUUAGUUCAACACUUUUGCUAUAUCGAAGAUUUUUUAUUGAUAUUGUGACACAUAAGAAUUACUUUCUUUUAUAUAAUCUUAAAACAUGUAUUAUGAUUUGUAUUGCAAUACUUUAUUCACAUGCUUGUAUAAGUAAUUUCUGUGUAAAGGCGGCGUGGUGGGGUAGUCAUCACGUCUAUGGUAGCCCAAGUUGUAUAUCGAGGGGUGAAUGCGAAAAAGUUCUAAGUGACAUUAAAUAAAGAAGAAUAUAAAACCUUUUCGCUUACACCCCUCGAGAUGUUUAGUGCAAUUGAUACCAUUGGUUUCAGCAGUAAGUUGAAUUAUGACUUAGCUUCUAUCGAAGUAUCAUGUUUGUAUAAAUACGCUAUGUGAAAAUAGAGAUUAAAUAAUUAAUAUGUGUAUUCCUUAUAGAUCAGCGAAUGAGCAAAUAUUGUUGCAAUGUAAGUAACCUCGGAGCGCAUAUAAGUUUAAUUAUGGCUUUGCUUCUAUCGAAAUAUCAUGUUUGUAUAAUUACUCUAUGUGAAAAUAGAGAUAACAUAAUUAAUAAGUGUAUUCCCUAUAGAGCAGCGAAUGAGCAAAGUAUUGUUGCAAUAUAAGUAACCUUGGAGCGCAUAAGUCGGGAGUGGGGAGGGGUGUGUAGGAGUAGCUAUAUAUGGAUCGCCAUGAAGAUUGUGAUAUUUUAUUUACAAAGACUAUUUAGUGUAUACUGCCAAUACAUCUGUCAAUACUCUUCUAUAAUAUUGAUGAUAUUGUGCCAUGCCAGGGUUCCAUGGUUCCAUAUUUAAUUGUACAUUUUUCAACAUUAUUCAAUGUAUGUGUUGCACCAAAUUGAACCAUUCAGGUAUUCAUAACCAUAUGAUGUUUUACUUUGUAAAGUAGAGAAAAUAAUGUCAAUUAUCAUCUGUGUUUUAAUGUCUUCAAAGAAAUUAUUGUACUGUA